AAUUUCCAGCAUUCAUUGAUUCAUAAGAUAAUCGUAUUAUUCUUUUAUACAUAGAAUAUAAUAUGAAAUUAGUUUACAAUUAAUAAAAUCCGAAAAAAUGUGAAAAUGAAUGAUAUCCAUAAGAAACAAAAAUAUCUAAGUGUCUUAAAAGAGACUGUAUACAACAGCUGACUGCACGUGCACCAAAACUGUUAUGCUAAGCUUGAGCUAACGUCACGCCCCCGGAACUUCGGCCGGAUUUUACUCGAGGUACCGUACGUACGUGUGUAUGUUUUGCACGGACGUGACUCUAAGGCCCUGAUUAUUUUCUUGCUGUUGGUCGACUGCCUGUUAUCCUUUGCUUAUUGUGGAUUUGUUUACCUGGAACGCGCUGCCUCAUUCUCAGUAUCACUGCUUUUCAUACAACGAAACACAAAUAAUGUCAUCACCCUGUGUCUCCAUCAUCAUGCCUGUCCACAAUGGUGAACCUUGGUUGGUGGAAUGUCUAGAGUCUGUCUUGGCACAGAAAUUCAGUGGAUCCAUACAGCUGUCUGUCUACAAUGAUGCUAGCAAUGACAAAUCAGCUACCAUUCUUGAAGGGUUCAGAUCUAAAAUGGAGAAAGCUGGCAUCUGUAUGUUGAUCAAUGGACAUAAUGGCACACCUGUAGGAGUUGGUGCAGCUAGAAAUCGGGCCAUCGAAGCAAGCAGUGGGCAGUGUUUAUGCUUCCUAGAUGCAGAUGAUGUCAUGGACAACAGAAGAAUAGAGAUGCAGUAUGCUGCAGCUGUCACAAGACCAAAUGCUAUUGUUGGUUGUCAGUUUAGACGUCUUCCCGAGGACUCUACUCCACGAUUCACAGAUUGGUGCAGUAGACUCAAACAAGAGCAGCUAUAUACACAGGCCUACACAUCACAUGGUCCAACAGUUGCUAUGCCGACAUGGUUCUGCUCAAGAGAAGUCUAUGGAAACGUGGGAAAAUUUGAUGAGAGUGGAAAGGGUACACCAGAAGACCUAAUCUUCUUCAAGGCACACCUAGAAAGUGGAGGGAAACUCUACAGAGUUGAUGAAGUCCUGAUGAUGUACAGGUAUCAUCCAGGGGCAACUACUCACUCCAUUCAUAGAGACACAAUCUGGGAGAUCCAGGUUUCAUCACUGGAGGAGCAGGUUCUGUGUGGCUGGAAGCAGUUCACCAUCUGGAAUGCUGGCAAGCAGGGUAGAAAGCUCUAUAGAUCACUCAAGGAUGAGAAUAAACACAAGGUGAUUGCAUUCUGUGAUGUUGAUGCAAAGAAGAUUGAGAAAGGAGUUUAUAUCUAUGAAGAAAGCAAGAAAUUACCAAAACCCAGGGUUCCUAUCGUUCACUUCACUGAUGCAACUCCACCUUUCAUCAUAUGCAUUAAACAGGACCUAACAGAGGGUGGCUUUGAGAAGAACCUGGCAUCACUGAAUCUUCAAGAGGGCAAAGACUACUACUUCUGCAGCUGAUAGAUUUAGUUCCAGCUCCUUGUGUUGACCCAAAAUUCAUCAGUACUAUCUUUAUACAAGGGUAUGCUUUCUUUUUUUAAUGUGUAUAAUUUGACUAAGUAGAGGCUUAUGGUAGAAGUUAUGGUGUACAAGAACUCUUCAUUAAGGAGAAGUGUUUUGAUUUGAUUACACUGCCCCUAACAAAAUGUUAACCAUUUGGACCAGUCUAUUUUCAGGCAAGGUCAUACUAGAUUUCCUUCAAUCCCCAAAAUCUUUGCUAUCUGGUUCGAGUGAGGCAUGGCCCUCGUGGUUAUACAGUUAACUCUGCAUAAGUAAUAGAUCUGUUGUAAUGGCAAAAAAUAGUUUGACUUAUGCAAAAUUGACUUAGGAAAUGUAAAUAACACAUUUUUUGCAUAGAUAGGUCCACAAAAAUUGAUUAAGAUAAAUUUGCUUUGAAUGCAGAAUUGGGGAUCGAAUGAGGAUGGGCGAAAUAUGUGUGCUUGGGGAUGAGAUGAUUUGUUUAGACAAUAUACUGACAAGUUUGAAAUGGAAUGAAAUAAACAGUCAGAUAUAUAUAUUCGCUUUUUAAAAGUCACUUUUAUUUGGAAUAUAAAGGGUUUACAACAUUAAUUUGAACACAGAUUUACAAUGUAAUAGAAUUGUACACUGGAGGCUCAGUAUUACAUUUCUCAUGGAAUUUUUUUUUCAUAAAUAGAUAUGAAUGUUUCUUCAAGGUCGCGUCUCUAGUACUCCAAUAAAAUGUAUUUGAGAUGAAUUAUUAAUACAAAUUGAGUUUAACAUAAAUAAGUUCAUUUAUCUUAUUCUUUGUCACUCUGUUUUCCUAUUGCAAGAUCAGAGAAAUGCAUUUGUUCAUGAUGAUAUGUUGUUAUUUUUUUUACGAAUUGGCUUAUAUACAUACACAUCUAUGCAAUGAAUGUACAAAUUCGAUACUACAUAGAUGUAUUCAUUUCUAUUUAUUCCAUGAAAGUAUUACUUGCUUAGUAAGCAACUAAGGGACCAACAACUUGUACUCCUAUAUGAGGGACUGUUCAUCGGAGGACAUUUUAGAUGACAAUCCAUUAGCAAAUAUAAGUAAGCACAGAGACAUAGGUUUGUUUAAUAAAUUUUGACUGCA